AUGACUUUGGCCAGCCCGGUAUGGAAAGAAAUGUUCGAGCGACAUCGAAAGGAAAAUGGCGCUAUCGAGGUACCAUUACGAGAUGACGAAGUGGAUGCAUUGUACAUUGCACUUCGAAUAGCUCAUCUACGCUUCCACGAAAUACCCCGGAAGGACGGUCUUACUAUUGAUGCCUUACUUGAGCUCGCUGUCGUAUGCGCCAGGUACGACAUUGUCAAGCUAGUUCGACCAUUCUUGGAUCUCUACGGCUGGGCUCAAUGCCACUAUCCUGACACAGACGCUGGAGAAAGAUGCGAACCGGCUUGGUUCUAUGUUGCUUGGACCUUUGGGUAUAAAGACAGCUUCCAACGUCUUACUCGGUUCAUAGUGAAGAAGAUUGGGCUGGAUGAGGAUGGAAAUGCCAUCAUGGACGAUGGCCAGAAACUUCCCAAGUAUAUGCCACCCGCGCUUCUCGAACGUAUGAUGGAAAUACGGGAAAUAACACUUUCGGCUAUGUUGGACGUUCUCUACGACAUCCUGGACGAUAUCAUACACGUCUUCGUUUGUCAAGUCGAUGAAUCAUGGGAGCCCAAGUGUCGGGCUAUGGUCCUGGGUUCCUUCAUCUCUUUUCUCUUGGAAAACGAUCUCUAUCCAGCACGACGUACAGCUUCCGAAACUCCUUUCAGUAUUCAGAAGCUUUACGAUUUGGCCCAUUCUGCUCAGAUCUUGACCCUCGAAUCGCAUGAUUAUAGGGAGAUGGCAUCGUGUGUCCGAAGAUCUAGUUGGGAUCCAGCAAGCGUCACAGCAGAUACCUUCAAAAAUCAUGGCGGAUUGACUUUGCACAAGAAGUGCUUUGGGGCCUUCCACCUCCGGUCCAAACUGAAGAACAUCUAUUCCGACAUAGGCUCAGCCGUGCUACAAUCCCAUAUUGAGCACAUGGACAAGCAGGCUCUGAAAUGA